AUGGUCGUCUCGUUUCCCCUUCGCCGUGUCCUUGCCGUGUUGGCGGCCGUUGGAACACUAUUGGUGCUGGCGCGCUCCGUGUCGGGAUCGUCCUGGCCGCCGCCGGGCGUCAUGGCUGCCUUGGGUGAAAAAACAAAGGGGCGCCCGACAGAGGGUCAUCGAUACAAGUACACCGUCGUCAAGGGCGUCUUCCUGCAGAGCGAGUCCAGCACGUCCGCCGAUGGCUUCGACUAUGCGACGACCAACUUUGGCCUCAUUUCCCGGUCGUACCCGACAGACGUGGACGCGGACGGCGAGGAUGGUGGGAGUGCGGCGCAGACCCGGCCCUUGUGGCUGCGGUUCGCGCGGUACGUCGACGACCUGAACGCGGCGGCCGCCGAGACGCACUCGGGCGCCCAAUACAAGGUCCUCUUCAUGGGCCGCCACGGCGAGGGCGACCACAACGUCGCCGAGGCGUACUACGGCACGCCCGCCUGGAACUGCUACUGGGCGCAGCAGGACGACAACAGCAAGGACACGACGGCCACGACGCCCAUUACCUGGAGCGACGCGCACCUGACGCCCGUCGGCGCCGCGCAGGCCACGCGCGCCCACGACGUCUGGGCCGAGCAGCUGGCCGUCCAGAAACAGCCGGCGCCGCAGCGCUACUACGUGAGCCCGCUGACGCGGUGCCUGCAGACGACGCAGCUGACGUUUGGUGGGCUGGCGCUGCCGGCCCACAGCCCGUUCCGGCCGACAAUCAAGGAGCGGCUGCGCGAAGACGUCAGCACGCACACGUGCGACCGCCGGUCGACCAAGACGGCCAUCAAAAAGGCCUUCCCCGGGUUCGUCGUCGAGCACGGCUUUGUCGAGCACGACCCCCUGUGGACGGGCACGACGGACGAGCCGCCCGAGGACCACGACAUCCGCAACCAGGCCUUGCUGGACGACGUGUUUGGCAGCGACGGCAGCACCUGGAUCAGCUUCACGAGCCACAGCGGUGCCAUCGCCAGCCUUCUGCGCGUGCUCGGCCACCGCCCCUUUCCCCUCUCGACGGGUCAGAUCAUCUCGGUGCUCGUGCGUGCAGACCGUGUGGACGGCCACAAGGGUCCGGGCGCAGGCGUACCCUGGACCACCGCCGACACGUGCGCGGCCCCGCCGUGA